AUGCAAAAGAUUGAUAUAGUCGAUCUUGAACUUCAAUACAGUGAUGAAUUUCCAAGUGUUCAUCUACUGUACCUUAAAGCACUACAGGAAAGCAAGUCCAGUAGAAUAACUAUGCUUCAUGGUCCAUCGGAAGCAGGCAAAACUAACUAUCUACACUGUCUGAUCAACGAAAUCGAGGAUAAAGAAUUGGGCGAUGUUCCACCACUGAUUUUGCACGUUAAAUCGCGGAACCGAAUAUCUGACCGUUUUCGAACACGCCAUUCACGCUUACAUAAACACGUGGUCUCGAAUUUGUUCUAUUACGACAUUUAA